CUGCCAGCGGAGCAAGAGACGCAGACACAGGAAUACAUUGAAGAAUCACUCACAGUUUUGGACCGCGCACAACGUCUAGGGAUCGAGCUAGAAAGAGGGAAAAUAGGUGCAGAAAGUGAAUAUCCUCCUGCGGAGUUUACCUGCCCAUCCACAGCUCACCUUCCUCCAAUCCCGAUACCACGUUUACGGGGAAAAUUGAGGAAUUCACGAAUUUCUGGACCUUAUAUGAGGCCAAUGUGCAUAGUCAGCCCCUUAGUCAAGCUGAUCAAAUUCAACUACUUGGUCACUGCUCUACGAGGAAAUGCACAGGCAAAUUACGAUCAUGCGAUCCAACUCUUGAAGGAUAAAUAUGGGGACCAGUGCACGCUCAUAAAUAAUUUACAAUCGCGGCUCGAGUCCUUGAAAGCGGAAAAUGCAACAAUUUCGGCCCAGCGGCGUCUGCUUGAACAAAUAUUACCAGUAAUCACCCAACUGGAGGACUUAGGAGUUUUUCUGAACGGCUCCUUCCUUACGCGAAAGCUCCUAGCAAAGUUUUCGCCUGAAAUACAGCGAAGGAUCCUGAAGCUGCCAACUACCCUUGAGUAA